AUUCGAUGAGAAGUCUUGUUGAAGUCAAGAUGGCAGGAGAUAGUAAUAUCAGAACACACAGUGAAACAGGCCUUAAAUGAAGUUGCAAGCUCUGCAGGAAUAUCUGACACCACCGGUUAUUACCCGUUGCUGCAUUGAACACAGAAUUUGCCGGAUUGCAAACAUUCUGGGGUGGGAUUGCAAAUUCUGACAAACAGCCGCACAAACAACUGAGGGAUCAAGUCUCGUAUGAAUUCCGACGAGAAGGAGGACUGUGAGUGUGCGCCACCACAGGCUGAAUCCAACCCCACAGGAGGAUACGACAGAUUACAAGAGGAGUCAACCUUUGAAAACGCCGAAGCAAGCCGAAUGAAGCGAGCAGCCGCCAAGCAUCUAAUUGAACGCUACUAUCACCAGUUAACAGAGGGCUGCGGCAAUGACUCCUGCAGUAAUGACUGCUGCGCCUCCAGCCCCGCCUUCCAGCGCCUGGACAACAACGCGGCGGCGGUCAAGGCUCUGGAACUCUACAAGGUUAACGCCAAGCUGUGCGACCCGCACCCCUCGAAGAAGGGCACCAGCUCCGCCGCGUAUCUGGAGAACAGCGCCAUCAACAGCACAGGACACCACCACGCAGCCAUGGCAACCUGUGCCAACCGCAAGAUGAACCACAAGGAGUUGCACUCCGUGCGGGAAGAUUUCAAAGACGUGAGCUUCCUGACGGAGGAGAAGGUGUACGAGAUCCUGGAGAGCUGCGGCGAGAAGGAGGACUACUCGCCCCUGAUCCGGGUCAUCGGCCGCGUCUUCUCCAGCGCCGAGGGCCUGGUGCAGAGCUUCCGGCGCUCCAAGCAGCAGACCAAGGAGGAGCUCAAGUCUCUGCAGGCCAAAGACGAGGACAAGGACGAAGACGAGAAGGAGGCCUCGGCCACGGGGCCGUCCUCGACGGCGUCUGCGUCUGCGUCUGCAUCUGCGUCGUCAGCCUCUGCGGCAUCCUCCAUGAUGGAGGAGGAGAGCACUGGCAUGGAGCUGGAAGCCUCCUCGUCAUCGUCGUCUCGAUCGAGCGCUGACGGCGGCGGUGGCGCAGAUGGGACGAAGCUGGGUCCGGACGAGGUGUCGGUGGACAUCGACGCCGUGCGGAGGGUCUACUGGCGCCUGCUGUGCAAUGACAAGGUGGAGGCGGCCUUCCUGAACGCGCUGGUGUACCUAUCGCCCAACGUGGAGUGCGACCUGACCUACCACAACGUGUACUCACGAGACCCCAACUACCUGAACCUCUUCGUCAUCGUCAUGGAGAACAGCAACCUGCACAGCCCCGAGUACCUGGAGAUAGCGCUGCCACAGUUCUGCAAGGCCAUGAGCAAGCUGCCACUGCCUGCGCAGGCCAAGCUGGCGCGUCUCUGGUCGCGCUACCGCACCGAGCAGAUCCGCCGCAUGAUGGAGACAUUUCAACAGCUCAUCACAUACAAGGUGAUCAGCAACGAGUUCAGCAGCCGCAACCUGGUCAACGAUGACGACGCCGUGGUGGCCGCUACCAAGUGCUUGAAGAUUGUCUACUAUGCAAACGUGCUGGGAGGGGACAUAGACACGGAGCACAACGAGGAGGAGGACGAGGAGCCGCUGCCCGAGUCGAGCGACCUGACGCUGCAGGAGCUGCUGGGCGAGGAGCGGCGCAACAAGAAGGGGCCGCGCGUGGACCCGCUGGAGACGGAGCUGGGGGCGCGCGUCUCCGACUGCCGCAAGCCGCUCAUCCCCUUCGAGGAGUUCAUCAACGAGCCGCUCAACGACAUACUGGAGAUGGACAAGGACUACACCUUCUUCAAGGUGGAGACGGAGAACAAGUUCUCCUUCAUGACGUGUCCGUUCAUCCUCAACGCCGUCACCAAGAACCUGGGCCUGUAUUACGACAACCGCAUCCGCAUGUACAGCGAGCGCCGCAUCACCGUGCUCUACAGCCUGGUGCAGGGACAGCAGCUCAACCCGUACCUGCGGCUCAAAGUCAGGCGAGAUCACAUCAUCGACGAUGCACUGGUCCGGUUGGAGAUGAUCGCCAUGGAGAAUCCAGCAGACUUGAAGAAACAGCUGUACGUGGAGUUCGAGGGAGAGCAGGGCGUCGACGAGGGGGGCGUGUCAAAAGAGUUCUUCCAGCUUGUGGUGGAGGAGAUCUUUAACCCAGAUAUCGGUAUGUUCACGUACGAUGAAAGCACAAGACUGUUUUGGUUCAACCCGUCGUCAUUUGAGAACGAGGGCCAGUUCACACUGAUCGGCAUCGUAUUGGGCCUGGCCAUCUACAACAACUGUAUCCUGGACGUGCACUUCCCCAUGGUGGUGUACAGGAAGCUGAUGGGGAAGAAAGGGACUUUCAGGGACCUGGCAGAUUCACAUCCGGUCCUGUCCCAGAGUUUAAAGGAGCUGAUGGAGUACGAGGGCUCGGUGGAGGAGGACAUGAUGAUCACAUUUCAGAUCUCCCAAACGGACCCGUUUGGAAACACGCUCAUGUACGACCUGCGAGAAAAUGGUGACAAAAUCCCUGUUACCAACAGCAACAGAAAAGACUUUGUCAACCAGUAUGCAGAGUACAUGCUGAACAAGAGUGUGGAGAAGCAGUUUAAAGCCUUCAGGAGGGGCUUCCACAUGGUGACUAACGAGUCCCCGCUCAAGUACCUGUUCCGGCCAGAGGAGAUUGAGCUGCUCAUUUGUGGAAGCAGGCAGAACCUAGACUUUCAAGCACUUGAAGAAACCACAGAGUAUGACGGAGGGUAUAGUAAAGAUUCCCGAAUUAUCAGGGAGUUUUGGGAGACGUUGCACUCCUUCAGCGAAGAGCAGAAAAGGCUGUUUCUUCAGUUCACGACCGGCACAGACCGAGCACCUGUAGGAGGCCUUGGGAAACUCAAGAUGAUCAUCGCCAAGAACGGACCUGACACAGACAGGUUACCCACGUCCCAUACCUGCUUCAACGUGCUGCUCCUGCCCGAGUACACCAAUGUGGAGAAGCUGCGGGACAGGCUGCUGAAAGCCAUCACGUACGCCAAAGGCUUCGGCAUGCUCUGAGCUUUACCCUGCUCAAGCAAACAACCACGGACUCCUUUUCUCUCGCUCGCGCGCGCAUACACACACACACAUGAAUACACACACAUGAAUACACACACACGCACAUGCAUACAAACACACACACACACACACACACACACCUCUAGUCCUGAUGUUGUGUCUAAAUAAACUGAAAUGACGUGUUUCAAAUGAUGUGAGGAAAUGAUUCACACUCUAUGGUGAUGACCAGGAAACUAAAAAUAAGAAACCAAGGGAAACGAAGAAGAAGACGACGAAGAAAAAAAAAAAGAAAAUGUAACAAAAGUCUGCAAUUCAGAGAGGGCCGUAAGUUAAAAGUGUGCCCUAGUUGACCUUCUGACUUAUUCCCUUCCUUCACCCCAAAUCUCCUUGUACUUCCAAAAUGACCGUAACGGGCUCGAUUGAGCCACAGCAAACGAUCAAACUAUCACACUUCUCCAGCUCACCCGCAUUGUUUUUUUGUUUUGUUUUUUUUUGGUGUGUGUGAAUGCGUUACUCGUCUUGUGUACAGUGCAUUUUAUUCCUCCUUACUAUUUAUUAUUAAAAGGGGUCAACAGCUCAUAGAACGGGAGGGAAAUAAAUGUGACCAACCAACGCUUAUUUAACACGAAUGGUUUUGAAAAGAAACCCCGUCAAAUUGGGGGGAAAAACAAACAAAAUUCUUGCGUUCCGACAGUUCCUCAGAUAGGCCGAUUAAUUGAAUUGAAAUGUCUUUGAUGCAUGUGGUCCUCGGUUUUUUGUUUUGUUUCCUUCUUGUUUGUUUCUCUUUGUGUCUGUGUGGAGGGGCGUUUUACCACUCAGAUUCAUGUUGGGUGCUGUCAAACCAUCCAUACCACCAUUGCUUGUUCCCUUUUCAUUUCCUUUUAAGGACCUUUUAUUCCCAACAAAAAAUUGGAAGGAAAUUGUAAUGGAAAGGAUUGCAACAACAAACUUAAGAUGUUGUCUGGCCGGGAGACUUGCUUUGUUGAAAGAAGAUCCAUUUUUCUACUGAAGGAAAAAAGUGUUUGAAUGCACCUGAAAAAAAAAAAGUUGGACUUGAUUUCUUGACAGAGGUUGUGUAAGUGCACUUAGACAUUUUUCGAAUGUUUUUGUCGAUGCAUCAAGAUUCCACACUUUUUUAUAUCCCGUCUUGGUUCUGGAUCCCCAGUGUCUCCUCCAUGGAUUAUUUCCAAAACAUGUUCAUUUAACAUAGAAUUCAUUUUUUGUUCUUGUCUAAGCAAUUGUUUGCUAAUUCUGUUUUGCCAAAUGGGGUGUUGUUCAUAAAGUUUAGCUAUUAAAAUGAUUUGAAAUGCUUUGAAUUUGGAUCUACAAAUCCAUAGUCUACUCUCUAGACUCCCAUUACUGAAUAUUAAAUAUGGCACUUGUAUUUUCAUUUUUUUCUGUUAUACGUAACUGCAAAGCUGUUCCCCUGUUGUCAAUAGUAAAUUGUGUAUAUGGAAUGGGCCUAUACUCAAUAACUGGUGGUGAUAUCUGUUGGAAUGAAACUUGUUUGAAUGCCGGUCUGGGCUGCAGCAUACUGUGAUAGUAGCAGUGGACAAUAGUAGUCUUUAAAACUUGUGAAUUUUGUUUUCCCCAACCGGUUAGUAUCAUGGUCUAUGGUAUACAGAAUCCUGACGAUCAUCAGCUAGGUUUGAACAACUAUCUUCAUUUUGUUUGUUUUAAUGCCAGUGCUAUCUAAGUGACGGUUUUGCAAAGCACCUGUAGUCCUUUGAAGUCACAGAAGCUGCCCAACAAAAGUUAUGGUCAAUGGCAAUAUAGCUUCUGAUAACUUACAACCUGCAUACUGCAUGUAUUUUUAAUCUAGCUUUGGAAAGCCUUUUUCAGGGACAGCACUACUACAGAAUGACCGGUUACCAACUCAACCAGUAAAAUGUUUGAAAUCCUGGAGAGAAAAAAAAUCGGGCUGUCCAGCUGUGCAUGUUGGCCAUGCCCUUAUCCGAUCUCUUGAACGCAUUCUGAGCCGCUUUUCUCAUGUUGACCUGUUUGAUUUUCUUUCUUUUUUUUUGUUUCCUUUUGGAAUACGACUUUUAUUUUGAAACUUCUGGCGAUGGUGCUGCUGUCCCCCAAACCAAACCCACCCGCCCCCGCCCCCGCCCUCGCCCUCACCGGCCCUUUCUCUUAACCCCCACAUGUGGACAAGGACUGAGCUGAUGAUGCGAGAAUUGAGGAGGAAACGGUCGGAUUGCGUCCCCUCAAACUGAAAGCACUCUUUGUUGUACACAACAUUAUUGCUCCCCUUUGAAAUGACACAAAAAUGUUAAUUGGCAAAAAGGCAUCCAGUAUCACAUGGUGUGAAAAACAUAAUGCUAAAUAAAAGUGACUGCUUUUUA